AUGGGAGCUCAACUUCCACCACUGCACUACCUCAAGAAAAACAAAGAGUUAGAGGGAGACAGAGAGUUAGAGGGAGACAGAGAGUUAGAGGGAGACAGAGAGUUAGAGGGAGACAGAGAGUUAGAGGGAGACAGAGAGUUAGAGGGAGACAGAGAGUUAGAGGGAGACAGAGAGUUAGAGGGAGACAGAGAGUUAGAGGGAGACAGAGAGUUAGAGGGAGACAGAGAGUUAGAGGGAGACAGAGAGUUAGAGGGAGACAGAGAGUUAGAGGGAGACAGAGAGUUAGAGGGAGACAGAGAGUUAGAGGGAGACAGAGAGUUAGAGGGAGACAGAGAGUUAGAGGGAGACAGAGAGUUAGAGGGAGACAGAGAGUUAGAGGGAGACAGAGAGUUAGAGGGAGACAGAGAGUUAGAGGGAGACAGAGAGUUAGAGGGAGACAGAGAGUUAGAGGGAGACAGAGAGUUAGAGGGAGACAGAGAGUUAGAGGGAGACAGAGAGUUAGAGGGAGACAGAGAGUUAGAGGGAGACAGAGAGUUAGAGGGAGACAGAGAGUUAGAGGGAGACAGAGAGUUAGAGGGAGACAGAGAGUUAGAGGGAGACAGAGAGUUAGAGGGAGACAGAGAGUUAGAGGGAGACAGAGAGUUAGAGGGAGACAGAGAGUUAGAGGGAGACAGAGAGUUAGAGGGAGACAGAGAGUUAGAGGGAGACAGAGAGUUAGAGGGAGACAGAGAGUUAGAGGGAGACAGAGAGUUAGAGGGAGACAGAGAGUUAGAGGGAGACAGAGAGUUAGAGGGAGACAGAGAGUUAGAGGGAGACAGAGAGUUAGAGGGAGACAGAGAGUUAGAGGGAGACAGAGAGUUAGAGGGAGACAGAGAGUUAGAGGGAGACAGAGAGUUAGAGGGAGACAGAGAGUUAGAGGGAGACAGAGAGUUAGAGGGAGACAGAGAGUUAGAGGGAGACAGAGAGUUAGAGGGAGACAGAGAGUUAGAGGGAGACAGAGAGUUAGAGGGAGACAGAGAGUUAGAGGGAGACAGAGAGUUAGAGGGAGAGGGAGACAGAGAGUUAGAGGGAGACAGAGAGUUAGAGGGAGACAGAGAGUUAGAGGGAGACAGAGAGUUAGAGGGAGACAGAGAGUUAGAGGGAGACAGAGAGUUAGAGGGAGACAGAGAGUUAGAGGGAGACAGAGAGUUAGAGGGAGACAGAGAGUUAGAGGGAGACAGAGAGUUAGAGGGAGACAGAGAGUUAGAGGGAGACAGAGAGUUAGAGGGAGACAGAGAGUUAGAGGGAGACAGAGAGUUAGAGGGAGACAGAGAGUUAGAGGGAGACAGAGAGUUAGAGGGAGACAGAGAGUUAGAGGGAGACAGAGAGUUAGAGGGAGACAGAGAGUUAGAGGGAGACAGAGAGUUAGAGGGAGACAGAGAGUUAGAGGGAGACAGAGAGUUAGAGGGAGACAGAGAGUUAGAGGGAGACAGAGAGUUAGAGGGAGACAGAGAGUUAGAGGGAGACAGAGAGUUAGAGGGAGACAGAGAGUUAGAGGGAGACAGAGAGUUAGAGGGAGACAGAGAGUUAGAGGGAGACAGAGAGUUAGAGGGAGACAGAGAGUUAGAGGGAGACAGAGAGUUAGAGGGAGACAGAGAGUUAGAGGGAGACAGAGAGUUAGAGGGAGACAGAGAGUUAGAGGGAGACAGAGAGUUAGAGGGAGACAGAGAGUUAGAGGGAGACAGAGAGUUAGAGGGAACAGAGAGUUAG